AUGACGAUGCUGCAGCCACCGCCCGAGGUGUACAACAUGUUUGACAACGUUUUAGUGCUGGACAAGGGCGAGGUCGUGUACAACGGGCCGCGGACGACGCUGCCGUCGUACUUUCGGUCGAUCGGGUUUGAGUGCCCGCCGCGCAAGGACAUUGCCGACUUUCUCCAGGAACUCACGACGCACUUGGGACCACGCGCGUUGUUCCGUGAGCUCGACAGCAACGUGUCCGUGGUCCAGGCAAACGAUCAUCUCCCAUCCGUUCCGCCGAGGGUCGCUCUGCGAUACAGACAGUGCAUGGACGUCGCGUUUCGCCGGACGUUGAAAGCGUCGCUGCGGGACGUGGCGACUCGCAUGGGGCAAUCUGUCGUGUUGGGGGCUGUCCUUGGGACCGUGUUUCUCGACGUUGGCCUGUUCUUCUUGGCGAUCCUGUUUCAAGUGGUGACAACGCUGUCUGCCAUCGACGCCGGCAUUGCGCUCCGGAAGGUCCUGUACGAUCAAAUGGCGAGCUACUUCUUUUGGACGUACACGAUGUCGGAAGGUGUUGCCGAGGUGUUGUGGACCAUUCCGCAAGUGAUUCUGUUUGCCACGUCUCUGUACUUUAAUGUGGGCCUCCACGCGAGCGCUGCAUCGUUCGUGAUGUGUGCGGCGGUGCUCUUCCUCGCGUCCGUCACGUACGCGCAAUUCUUCAAGUUCUUUACCGCCAUCGCUCCGGACGUUGUCAUUGCCAAAGUCAUCGCCAUCUUUGCAUUCUUCCUCCACGUUGUCUUCUCCGGGUACAUCCUGCCCGAGGACAAGAUCCCGGCCCCGUGGCGCUAG